UAACUACAAAUGGGGGAAACUUCCGCCAAAUAUAAGGCAAAAGAAAUUGUCCAAUCGGAAGAAUAAACCAAGGGUCAAAGUGGAUCAAUCGACGAGGACGUGAUACCGAUUCUAGAACGAGUGAAACGCUUUGAACCGGUGAUGGGAGUUUUAUUUUAAGAUAGGUGUCAGUACAGAAGAAGAAACUGAUAAUUAUGUCAACCAUGGAUUCCUCGUCCAGACUUCCAUCAAUAGGGGAAUAUUAUGCAGGAAAAAAUAUAUUCUUAACAGGAGCUUCGGGAUUCAUUGGAAAAGUGCUGAUAGAAAAACUUCUAAGAAGUUGUCCUAAUGUGAACAAAAUAUUUAUGUUAAUGAGACCAAAGAAAUCACAAGACAUUGACCAAAGAGUUGAGGAGAUAUGUAAAUGUCCAGUCUAUGACAAACUGCGCAAGGAACAACCAAACUUUCAUGAAAAAUUAGUCCCAAUCUUUGGAGAUAUAACAUUACCAGAACUUGGAAUAAAGCCUGAAGAUCUGAAGUUACUUUGUGACAAUGUGAAUGUUGUGUUCCACAGUGCUGCUACAAUUAGAUUUGAUGAACAUUUAAGGGUGGCAGUAGAUAUGAAUGUCAUUGCAGUAAGGAAGAUGACUGUUUUGUGCAAACAGUUCAAACACCUUGAGGUAUUUAUACACAUAUCUACAGCUUAUGCCAACUGUGAUCGUCCAUUUAUUGAGGAAAUGGUAUAUAAUCCACCUGUGGAUCCCCAGAAAUUAAUAGAUGUAUUAGAAUGGAUGGAUGAUGACAUGAUCACCUCAAUCACACCCAAGCUGAUAGGUAACAAACCAAACACAUACACCUAUACCAAGCACCUGGCAGAACACCUGCUGGUCAAGGAGGGCUCGGACCUCCCCCUGGCCAUCGUCCGACCCUCCAUCGUAGGGGCUGCCUGGAAAGAACCUGUGCCUGGCUGGAUAGACAACUACAAUGGGCCCAGUGGGUUAUAUGUAGCAGCUGGGAAAGGGAUCCUGAGGUCCAUGAAGGGAGACUACCGCGGCGUGGCAGACAUAAUCCCGGUGGACAUUCCAGUUAAUAUGAUCAUUGCUGCCGCGUGGUACACUGCGGUCACCAAACCAAGCUCCUGUCUUAUCUACCACAGCACCACUGGCUCCGUCAAUCCAUUCACCUGGGGAGAAUUAGAGGGAGUUGUAAUGAAUUUCUGGAAGAAAGUGCCUCUUGAUUCCUGCUUUAGAAGACCAAAAGCUGCCCUAACUAGCUCAGGGUUUCUUCAUGACUUUUACACAUUUAUUGAGCACAUGCUCCCAGCCUAUGUAGCAGAUCUUGGCUAUUGCCUGCUUGGAAAACGCCCAAGGAUGGUGAAGAUCUACAAUCGUUUGCACAAAGCCAUAGGGACUUUGACCUACUUCACCAUGCACUCCUGGGAGUGGUCCUACAGCAAUCUGGACAUGCUGACCAGUCACAUGUCACCUGAGGACAAAAAGUGUUUUUACUUUGAUCCCCGAGGUCUGCAUUGGCCAACAUACAUUGAGAAUUACUGCCUAGGAACCAAAAAAUUUCUUCUGAAUGAAGAUUUAUCAGGGUUACCAGCUGCCAAAGCCCAUUUAAGAAAGUUGAGGAACAUUCGAUACUGUUUCAACACCAUUGUACUGAUAGCAGUGUGGAGAGUGCUCAUUGCACGGUCAGAACUGGCCAGAAACCUGUGGUACCUGAUUAUUGGACUGAUGAACAGAUUUGUUAAAUUCUUUCGCUUGACAAGUACCAUCCACAAGCAGUGAAAGAAAUGCUACCAAACUGACAAACUUUGAUGGCAAAUCCACAUAGACAAUUUUUCCAGCAUAUUUCAAAUUUUACAUCAACCCUGUCACAAUUAAGACUCAAAUUUUUGUUGGUAUAUAUGCUUUACAUGUUGAGUCUGCUGCUGAUGUUUCAAACAUGGAACAAAGGAUGCAAAGAGACUAGGAAAAGAAUGUAAUUACCUGGUAUACCCCCGCAAACGAAGUUUAUGGGGGUAUAUUGGAUUCACCCUGUCUGUCUGUCUGUCUGUCCGCCUGUCUGUAGACCCAAUUUUGUCCCCCCACCCUGCAAUUUUUAUUAAGAUCAAACAAGAUAUAAUGAUUUUAUGAAAAUUUUCAUCUUCCUUAUCCUAUAUAUUCUACACUGAUGUUGAAAAGUAAGGGAGGUAAUUUAUUAACAAGAUUUUAUUAAAUAAUCAAUUAAUAGUAAACACUCUAAAAUAUUUUUAUAUAAAUACAUCCAGAUUGAGUUUUUUUGUCUUUUUUUUUUAACUAAAUUUUUUUGUUUUAUAAGUAUUCUAUCAACUGACAAUGCAAACUUUUUGUUUGUCAAUCAUUAAUUCUUAGAAGUUAAUAAGAACAUCUAAGACAAGUGUGGCUGAAUUCAGUUGUCCCAAGGGGGCCAUUAUCUGAGCCAUGGUUUAGAUGGAGCAUGUGUUAAGGGGAAAUUGAUAAUUUGUAAAAUGGGCAGUGAUUUGUUGGUUAUUUUAAUACUGUUUCAUAUACACCAACAAUUUCUAUCAUUAUAAGGAAAUAAAUUAUACCGUUAUUAAUAUUUUAAUACUGUCAUAUACACCAAAAUAUUCUAUCAUUAUAAGGAAAUAAAUUAUACCAUUAUUAAUAAAGAAUUUAACUAUUCUUAAAAGCUGUUUAAAUUUAUUAGUCAAGUAAAUUCAUGAAGUGAUCUUAAAGGGCAUUAAUGUAAAUGAAAUUCAAAAUAAUUAAUAUGUUUUUUGUCCCAUUUGAAAUUAGCCUUGCAUGGAUAUUAGUCCCAUUAGGACAGUUCUAAUGUUUGUAUGAUAUAAUGUAUAUGUUAUUGCUGAUGUUCCAUACAUGAAACAAAGGAUGCAAAGACUAGGAAAAGAAUGUAAUGUUUGCAUGAUAUAAUGUAUAUGUUAUUGCUUUAAUAUUUAUUGUAAUUUUUUUUUUAUACAUGACAGUUAAUGGAUUUAAGUUGAUUUAUUUUACCAAAUAAAAUCCAGAAUUUUUGAUAAAAUAGAAAA